AUAAUGCUAACUUCUGGAAGUACUGGAACACCCAAGGUAGUAUAUGUACCCCAUAAAUGCAUUAUUCCAAAUGUGAUGGAUUUUUCUGACCUUUUCCAGGUCACAUCUGAAGAUUCCAUAUUUUGUGCAUCACCUCCAACAUUUGACCCAUGUAUGAUAGAUCUCUUUGUUGGAUUUCAAGCUGGGGCUACCCUUGUUAUGACUCAUAAUUUUAUUUUGAAAAUGCCAAAAUCUCUGCUUAAAGUUUUGACUAAGAGUAAAAUUACAAUAUUACAAGCCACACCCUCUCUUGUAUUUAACUUUGGGAAACAAAGAAUGAAAGAGAGUUUACUUGGGGAUGAAUCCCAUUUGAAAAUAUUAGCAUUAGGUGGAGAAAUGUUUCCUAAAUUAUCAGUUUUCAGAGAGUGGAUGAGUGAUAAAUGCAAAACAAGAAUAUUUAAUGUAUAUGGAGUAACAGAAGUCUCAUGUUGGGCAUCAGUAACAGAAGUUUUUGUCCAUCAAGAGCCAGAUAGUACCAGCUCACAUGAUGAAGUAUUAGUUUUAGAAAAGAGAGAAAAUCCAACAUUUGCUGGAGUUAUUCCAUCCAUACCACCAAAAACAAAAUUAGACAUACUGCAGACGCUUACACCUAUUGGAAACCCACUCAGCUCUACUGUAAUUAAGGUGCUUAAUAAAUUAGGUGAAGAGGUUGAAGAUGAGGAAGGAGAAAUAUAUGUUGGUGGAAGUGAAAGAGUUUGUUGGGUAGACGAUGGCAAUCUAAAUUCUGGAAAUGGAAACCAAACAUUUUGUAAACUGGGAAGUGAUGAAAUUCAAGGAGAGUGUAAUUUUAGUGAAGCAGCAAAAUCUCCCAAUGAAAUUUCUGUGGAUGAAGGCACAGAAAAAAACCCAUUAAUUAUGAGGAACACUGGAGACAGAGGAAUAAUCAAUAGGGGAAAGAUAUUUUGUCUUGGAAGAAAGGACAGACAAGUGAAACGCCAGGGUAAAAAAAUCAGCCUUUCUGAAAUUGAAAGGCAAUGUGAGAGUUUAAGCUAUGUUGAAAAUUGCCAAGUAAUGUUGCAUAACAAAAUAAAAAUAGUUGCCUUUGUAAAACUAGACAGUACCAGUGUUUGUUCGGAAAGUGAUAUUCAGAAUGAUCUGAAAAAUCUUAUGUCAGACUGGAAGUUACCAGAUUAUAUUGUUCCUAUACAUAGCUUGCCUGUCACUAAUCAUGGAAAGGUAGACAAAUCUGAAUUGAUGAAAUAUCUUUGUGAAUCCAGCUUGAAAAAGCUUAGCAGUUAUGAUUGUCAAAACACCACAGAAUUUGUUAAGGAAGUCUGGAAAAGAAUUUUAGGAAUUAGAUAUGAUGGUGAUGGAGAGAAUUUAAUUGAAAAUGAAAACUUUAUAAAAAGUGGAGGAAAUUCACUUUCUGCUUUGCAGUUUAAUGAAGAAAUUGAAAGUAAUUUUAAUGUUAAAAUACCUAGACUUAUAGAUGCGGUUUUGAAUGAUACUUUUAAAGAAGUUCUUAAAAUAAUUAUGUUAAGUGUUGAAAAUAGUAAUGAAAGACAAAAGAUUAAAAAAAUUAAACUCCAGUUGAACCAUGAAAAUAUGAGGAAGGGUGCCAGCACUUCAUUAAAUGAUGAAAACCCUGUUGAUUUUGUUAGUGUAAAUAACAAAAACUCUUCAUUAAGCAAAUGCAGAUGGCCACCAUACAAACAGUUGUCGAUUGUAUCAUGGAGGAGUGUUUAUUACGCUUAUGACAAAGAAAUACAUAAUCAUAAUCAAAUUGCUACAAACUUCCUCUGGAAAUAUAACUUGGAAAAGUGCAUAGAUUCAUCUCCAACUCUGAUUGAAUAUCCUUGUGGUAAGACACUCUUAAUGGUAGGAUCACAUUCUUAUAAAUUUGUUUGUAUUGAUGUACAGACAGGCAAAAGUCAGUGGUGUUUGACAUUGGGAAACAGAAUAGAAUCAUCGCCAUGUAUCUCUAGUGAUGGGAGGAGAGUGUAUGUUGGAUGUUACGACUACAAUUUAUAUUGCAUUAGCAUUGAUACUGGAGAAAUUUUAUGGAAAUUUGCAGCAAAAUCUGAAAUAAAAAGCUCUCCAGCAGUUGAUUGUGAAACAGAAAAUGUAAUAUUUGGGUCUCAUGAUAAAAAUGUUUACUGCUUAACCUCAGAAGGAAACCUCACUUGGAAACUUCAGAUUUCUGUUGGAAGUGUCUUCUCUUCACCUUGUAUAGUUAAACAACAAGUCUUUGUUGCUACACUUGAUGGUAUGUUAGUUGGCAUUAACAUAAGCACAGGUGAUAUAAACUGGAGAGUAUUCUUACAGAAACCAAUAUUCUCAUCAAUUACAGCAUAUUCAAAGGGUAUUGUAUUGGGUAGUGUUGGUUGUGAAAUAUUUGGGUUUUCUCUAACAGGCAAACAACUCUGGAAAUUCAAAACAAACGGCCCAGUUUAUUCUUCUGCAUUUACAAGUGUGCUAGCAAAUGGAUUGGAGAUCAUAGCUAUUGGUAGUCAUGACCAUUAUGUAUAUUUUUUCAAUAGUGAGGGUCAGAACAUUGCAUCAUACCAUGGGGAAUCUGCAAUUUAUGCAACCCCUUUUAUAUUUUGCUUAGAUGUGAAAAACAGAGUCAGAACUGUAAUAUGUGAAACAUCUGGUAAAUAUUGUCUUAUUGAUUUAAUAUUUAAUUCUUCCCAAAAAGGUAACAUUUCAACAUCCAAGUUUACAAUACCUACUGUGGAAACUGUCCUAGAAUGUGAAACCAGAGGUGAAAUAUUCUCUUCACCUAUAGUCUUUCGAAAUAAUUUGUAUAUAAGUAGUAGAGAUGACCACAUAUACUGUUUUAAAUUUGUAUAAAAACAUGUAGUUUCAAUAAAAGUUAUUGUGAU